AUGGCGUUCAUGGUGAAGACCAUGGUAGGGGGCCAACUGAAGAGCCUCACCGGAAGCCUGGGGGGCGGUGAGGACAAAGGGGAUGGGGACAAGACCCCUGCUGAAGCCCAGGGCAUGAGCCGAGAGGAGUAUGAGGAAUACCAGAAGCAACUAGUAGAAGAGAAGAUGGAGCGGGAUGCACAGUUCAUGCAGAGGAAGGCUGAGCGUGCCAUACUGCGAAGCCAUUUCCGAGACAAGUACCAGCUGCCCAAGAAUGAGACAGAUGCAAGCCAGAUUCAACUGGCUGGUGGAGAUGUGGAGCUGCCCUGGGAAUUGGCCAAGAUGAUAGAGGAGGACACUGAAGAAGAGGAGGAGAAGGCUUCAGUAUUUGGGCAGCUGGCCAGCCUCCCUGGGUUGGACUUUGGCUCCCUCAAGGACAAGGCCCAGGCCACCAUGGGGGACCUCAAACAAUCAGCUGAGAAGUGCCACAUCAUGUGACUCUUUCCCCAGGGCUGCCCAUUGGGGUUCGCAGGGGGCUGGGUCCACCUAAGAUGCAGACCAUGUUCACUUGCAGGGACCCUGACCCCAUCUCACUCACUUUCACUGCACCUCCCUCUUGGUACCUGGACCCUUUUUGCCCAUGGCCUGAACUUGAUUUCUG